AUGCAGCCGACCGAGCAAUCCCAGCCCACCAACGCGCGGACGUCGCAGGAGCAGCCGCCCAAGCAGAUGCAAAUGCAGCCUGCGAUGGAGAUGAGCGUCGUCGGAAACGCCCCGACAUCGACCCAGCCAGGCCAACAAGCCCCUAUGCGCGUCCGUGGAGGAGGCGCCGGUAAGGUAAGGUAUCUUCUCGGCUAUGUCCAGCACCAGUCGCUCGCCACUGCGCAAACCUCUGCGCAGCUGCCAAGCAAUGGCUGGGCUGUCUCCUCGGCUGUCUUGGUUGCUUCAUCUGCUGCGAGUGCUGCGAGGGCCUCUGCGAGUGCUUUGCGGACAUCAUCUGCUGCCCGUGCGAGAUGUUCUGCUAAGGAGGCGAAGGUUCUGCGCUCGAGGCGGUUUAGUUCCAAUGCUUGA